CACCGCCCUAAAGUAAACAACUUCCACGAACAACUGCAACAAAUUCAGUCCAUGUUUUUACGACAUGACAUGAGUUAACAGAGAUAUUUACAAACUGUCGAAUUAGUGCUGCAUCGUUCCCACAGUGCGAUCAUUGCAAAGAUGACUCAGUUUUCAGUGGAAAAGAGACAUCAAGCGAAGGGGAAAGGAUGUGUGGUUGUGGAAUCAUUUCAGGAAUGUCAACAAGAAAAUGAAUUUUCAAAAGCAAAUGUCACAUCCCUCAUCAACUCUUACCCAUUGAAACUGAUGAUCCCAUCACAUGCCAGCGAAAACAACAGUAUAUGGGUGUAUCCAGUCACGUUUGGCGGAGGGCUUGUUGGAGGAGAUGGUAUUGAGAUGACCUUCCAUGUGAAACCUCACUGUUGUGCAGUAAUAACUGGUCAGGAAUCUACAAAGGUUUACCAUUGUGAAGAUGCCUUAACGACAAAACAGACAACUAGGGGAACAGUAGAAGACCAUGCCCUACUGUGUGUAAUGUCAGAUCCUGUUGUCUGCUACAGAAACUCGACAUUCUCUCAGAAGCAGGACUUCAACAUGACAUCGGAGAGCAGCUUAGUUUACCUAGACUGGGUGAUAGGAGGGAGGGUGGCUCUCAAUGAACUCUGGCAGCUCACAAGUUAUGAGAACCGUACAGAUGUUUACAUAGAUGGGGAGUUGGUGUACCGAGAUAAUUUCAUUUUGCAAGACACGCCCACUGUUUCCAUGGUGACUGCCAUGAAAAAUAUGCAGGUUUUGGGAUCCUGUAUUAUCAUUGGCAAGCAGAUGGAAACCAUAGCAACCAAAUUAAACACCCGAUUUGGCAAGAAGAAAUCCAUAGGUGAGAAAUACGACCAAGAGAUCGUAGUCAGUGUGAGUCCUUUACGCUACUCUGUUGCCAUGGAAACAGUUCCUGGUGUCUACAUUCGCUUCAUGGCGGUAUCGUCAUCCAAGGCAUACAAGUCUGUGGUGUCCGUAAUUGCUGAGAACUGAGGACUCUGAUUGGUGGAAAUCCGUUUGAAGGGAAAUACUGAGCAAUAUAACUGACAUGCAAUAUUCAGUAACAUUCCACAUGCUGAAAAAUACUACUG